CCACCGAGGCGGAGGACAUACAGGUGCGCGGCGCUCAUCCAAAACCAGCAGCGAUGCCUCACUCCUUGUUCCCGCUGUGCGUCCUGGGACUCCUCGCCCUCUCCUCCGCCUGCUACAUCCAGAACUGCCCCCGAGGAGGGAAACGAGCGCUUCCGGAGACUGGGAUCAGACAGUGCAUGUCCUGUGGACCCGGAGACAGGGGUCGCUGCUUCGGCCCCAGUAUCUGCUGCGGGGAGGGCCUUGGCUGCCUGCUGGGCUCCCCAGAAACAACUCACUGUGUGGAGGAAAACUACCUGCUCACCCCGUGCCAGGCAGGAGGGAGACCCUGUGGAUCUGAGGGAGGUCGCUGCGCUACUUCAGGACUCUGCUGUAACUCAGAGGGCUGUGCAGUGGACUCUGAGUGCCUUGGGGAGACAGAGGCCUCAGAUCCAGCCCAUGGCUCUGCAGGGAGCUCGCCCACAGAGCUGCUGCUCCGCCUGCUGCACGUGGCCACCAGAGGACAGACUGAGUACUGAUACCGUGUCUGUGGAGGUUCCUCUGCUCCUCAGGUCCUGGAGGUGCAACAGAAAUGAAGAACGUCUCUGUUCCACUUUAAGCCUUGAGAUUCAAACUUUGAACCAAUAAAAUACCAAAUCAAACUUUGCUCUCUCUUAAG